AUGAAGGCCACGCAAGCUUGGGCCGCGUUGAUGCCGUCCAAAAAGAUUAAUUACGAAUUUGAAGAAUCAGAGGUUCCAGGUAUGUAUUUUAGGUUUGUUUGUAUUUAUGUGGCGUUUUGGGCGAUGACGAAUACUUUUCACGACGAGUCGGUAUGACAUUCAUCGUUUGGGAUGAUUGUCAUGGGCAGUGAUCCCGUCUAAUCUUCUCUCUGAGCGUGAAUGCCACAUAAAAUAAACUUUUAUUUGAGUAAUAUCCUUCCGUUCUUAAUUUCGGGUCGCGUUAUUUUAGAGACUCCGCAAGAGAAAUCUGCCGAAAAGAAGUUAAUCAAAAAAGAGAUCCUUGAACAAGCACAAUCACCACCAAAACCCGAGCAGAAUGUUGCUUCUACAGUUACAGUACCUCACAAUGGUGGUUAUGGACGGUCGGUGCUGACAAAGCAACGAUUGGAGGACAUUGAGGUAUUUUUAAUAGUCGCUAAAGCUCCUUUUUAGAAGGAAAUGAAUGCGACUUAUAUGAGCGAGAAAGAUAGCACUGAAGAAUACGAAUAUGAACGACAUUCCACCAAGUCGUUUUCGUACAGAGAUGACGAGGAAGACGAAGAUUACAGCUUCCCAACAACAGCUCCAAUCAAACGAAUAAGUCCAGCUACCUCUCGCGGGGAUGUGCCAAAGAAAAGGGGAAGGCCGUUAGGGUCGAAGUCGUCAACUUACACCAGGAGAAAACCAUUGCCAGAAAAGCCAACGCAAUACGUCACUACUGAAUAUACAAGGCCGACCGGGAAUAUUGUGUAUCCACGAUCUAUAAGACCUCUUGAGAACCGACCCAUCAGGAUUAUCAUGAGGUAGGUAUCGGCAAUGCCGCAAUUUUUACGUUGAUUCAGGCCAGGACUUGGGACAAAUCGAGCGUCGUAUCUCUCGAAUCAGGUACAACAGCCUCGGGCAGUUCCUCACCCUAUCAUGCAAAGUAGUACUGCUACGACUAACAUGUCAUCAAUGGCCGUCUCAGCUCAGAAGGAAGUGGAAGAAAUCACCAAAAAGUAUGGAGAUCGUGUCAUCGAAGGGGAUUCGGUUCGCAAAUUCAAUGAUCUCAAUUCGAACCUCCUCGAACAGAUGAGACUUAUCAGCGAGGAUAGGAAUCGUCUUUAUGCCAAUUUUCAGGAGACCGUGGAACAGAUAAAUCUUUCUCAUACAACUGCUUUGGAUUUGAAAGACAGCAGGUAUCAUUUGACAUCUUUUUACAAGGUUUUUUGUGGACAUAGCCUUCUUUAUUUAUUUUAUUUUAUUUUAUUUAGGAUUCGCCAAUUGGAGAAUCUCGUGAACGAGCUACAAGCGAAGAAUUAUGAAUUGACAGCGCAGCUGAACGAGGCCUACAGCGUAUACAAAACGGCAGAACCCGGUCCGGCCAGACGCUUAAAGCCGAUAUCCGGUCCUGGCCAGAAAGUUGUCCGAAUGGAUCAGGAGCCCAUGGACAGCCCUGAGGCAGCAGCCGAAAGAGAAGCCCUCGAGGAAUUUGUAAGUCCAAUGAACUUGGUCUGGGAAAUAAGGGGAGUAUGAAAAGGUGUAUGUACAUGUGUACGUAUACGGGUUACACACCGGCCUUGGAAACGGGACCUUGGCAACGGCGGUAUUGUUCUGAUUUAAUCAAAUGCCUGACUUCUCUCUUUCCAGAACGAAAGCCAUGAGAACAGCAAUGAUAUGGCGUGA